GAAUCGAGCGGCCGCCGUGGCGCGUCGCUAUUUCUACCCCAAAGUACGAGAUAAGUCGCCAAGAUUUUCGACCGGCAGUACCAUUCACCUUCCAAGGUGCUCAAGUUGGAGGACGACCCUUGGGGGUCGUGUGCCAUGUACUCCCCGGAUAAGAUGAAAUCCGGUGGAGGUCUCAUGGCGCCCCCCGGGUGCUUCCCUGGCCGCUACAGUCCCACUUACCGCAGCUCGGACCCGCGCCGCUGCGUCCCUAACCCAUCCAGUCGUAUCCUGGAGGAUGCAUCCCUGAUGUGCAACUCUUGGUCUCCCAGACACAAUGGCGACCUGUUCAGCGGGCUCAACGACGGUCUCCUCAGUCGCGCGGAGGCGCUGGCUGCGGUGGACAUCAGCAAACACCAGUCUGGCCCACAGCCCGGACCACCACUGCCCCAGCUCAAACACGACAUGGUCUACCACCAUUCCGUGGGGGGACCGCCGCCACAUAACUCCAGGCCGCAUCAGCCUUUCUUUUCGCAGAUGGGCCAUCACGGCAUGGAGGGGCUAGACAUGUUGGAUCCUCUGACGACAUCGUCUAUGACUACCCUAGCUCCAAUGGGGGAGGCGGCGCCACCACAUCACCAACUGCACGGGUACGGUGCCAUGAACCACGUCAUGAACCAUCAUCACCACGCCAGUGGUCUCGCGCACGCUCCCCCCGCACACCUCGGUCACCCCGCAGCCGCCCUCCACCCAGACACAGACACGGACCCCCGGGAAUUAGAAGCAUUCGCAGAACGGUUCAAACAGCGCCGAAUCAAACUUGGAGUGACACAAGCUGACGUCGGCAAAGCGUUAGCGAACCUAAAACUGCCUGGCGUCGGCGCACUCUCACAGAGCACGAUCUGCCGGUUUGAAAGUCUCACACUAAGUCACAACAACAUGAUCGCGCUGAAACCUAUCCUGCAAGCGUGGCUGGAGGAGGCAGAGGCACAGGCGAAGAACAAAAGGCGGGACCCUGACGCGCCGAGCGUUUUACCGGCAGGAGAAAAGAAACGCAAAAGAACGUCUAUAGCGGCCCCGGAGAAGAGAAGUCUGGAAGCGUACUUCGCGGUGCAACCGAGACCAUCCGGCGAGAAAAUCACCGCGAUCGCGGAGAAGCUAGACCUGAAGAAGAACGUGGUGCGCGUGUGGUUCUGCAACCAGCGACAGAAACAGAAGCGAAUGAAGUUCGCGGCGCAGCACUGACCGGCGGGGGGCGGCGCGGCGCUGCUGUACCCGGGCUCCGGGUACGGCUACUGAGCCCCCCGCCGCCGCCCGGGCGCGGCUCCAACGCCGGACUCCUCUCAUGAGCAAUAAACCUCUCGAUCUUACCCCUCACUCCUCGAGUCGAUUCGCAACUAGACCCUAGUGUAGAUACUGUAUAUGACCGAUUUGGGUUUCCUUUUACACUUUUACAUGACUUCUUAUAUAUUUUUCGAGACACAGGGUAUAUAAUUGAUUAUAUACAUAUCAUACAAUAAUAGAAGUCGCUUCACUAGGUACAGCGUUAUGUUCAAGCAGUUUUGAUGUUUUCUGAGCAUCGAUUGUACAUGGAAAAUUGAAAUUCAGGAUUUUUAAGAGAAUGUGCCUUGCAAAUAAUCAAUAUUCUGUGUUUAAUGUUAGUAACUUCAUCAGAGGGCCAGAUCUCGCGGCUCACAUGCGAAAGGGGCGUCUCUUUGUACAAUAGAUUCCUACUUUAUUUCUCCCACAAGACUUCGCCACAGUAUUCCUUCUCUCUGCAUGUGACUCGCUGAUCUGUGCUCAGUCUAUAUGUAUUAUUGUAUUUUAUUGAUAUUUGUUACAUAUUUGCUUUCACGUAUUAUAAUUGAAAUUGUACAAAAUAAUUAUAAUAAUACUUUGUCGUUUAAGUUGUAUAUAAUCGGUAGUGUAACCGAGACUUGUUUUUAUUAUUUUUGUUCAUUUGUUUUCAGUGUUUAAAAUAUUUCACGACAUGGCACAAUUUUAGUGUAAGAAGUUAUUAGUGACAUUUAGCCAAAAUAGUAUUAAAAAUCAUUUGUAAAUAGACCACAUUUCGAUUUACAUCUAGGCAUUAGUUUAAUAUACUACUUAUAGUUACUAUAUUGAAAGGAAUUAGUACAACGCAUAUGGGUUCAUGCAUACAAUGCAAUAGAAAUGAGAAAGCAUUGCAUUUACAGUUCUAAGCUGGCUUCCUCUUAUCAGUAGACGACACUACGCAAUUUGCACAUGUAGACAUUUUCACACUAAAACCAAUAAGCUAAAUAUCGUCACUAAACCUUCAGCCGUUGUUUGUCACGUUGGUGUUGCCAAAUUAGCUCGAUAUAGAAGAACUAAAUUCAAAUCCUGGGAGGCCAAAAUUGAAUGAAAUAAAAUCCCCAACUUUAAUAAAAUUUGCAUGAAUCCAAAAUGGCGACAAAGCGCCAAGGCUUAAACGAAACAAGAAAUAAACAAACCAUUUGCGAAUUAUAAAUAAUAUUUUUAAAUGAUAUUUUGUAAAUAUAGUGUUAAACGAACUAAAUUUAAAGAAAAAAAAAACGUGCAAUCUAGACCUCGGUAAUAAUUAAUUAAUUAACUUAUCCGCUAGGAAUUUACUAAUUUACGAAUUCGCAAAAGGAUCUCGCAUGCAUGGUGACGUCGAUUAAUCUCCGUCGCCUUCUUUUUUUUAUAUUAACAAACACCACAAACUCUGGAAGGCAACCAAGUUGACAUAAAAUAGUUACGUGGAUUCGCCGCGAUUAGGUACACGUUGAGAUCAAUGCAUUAUUUCAUUCAUGUCCAUGAGUUCGCUGUCUACUUGCGACGGCCUACUAUAAUUUAGUUGUUCAUCACAUUAUAUAUGAGUAGAUACUUCAUAUACCCAAGACAGGACACAGUCCACGGUUCGAUCGAAAAUUAUGCUAUAUGCAUGACGGAACUACAAAUCCGGACAAAGACGCUCAGCUAGCGUAGCCAAGUAAAAUUGAAUAAAUUAUUUUCAUAUAACAUCUCCGGUAUAUUUCAUACAAAGCGGUAAGAAAAGCUGGAAACACGAUGAGGGACUAAAGACAAAGCGCUCUGUCUCGUCUCUUCUCGUCCACCUUCCUCUUUCUUGUCUCAGCGAAACACAAGAUAUGAGGUUGUCUAUCGUUUUCUGUCUAUGAAUGCUGUGAAAAAAAGGGAUGAGUAUAUAUUACUUACACACACGUAAAUGCUGUUGUCAUAUACCAAAAAAUAAUAGUGCUUCUAGUCAUUGAUUUCUCAUAGUUAUUAAUUAUAUACAAUUAUUAUUUAUUAAGAAAUGUUACAGAACACUGGUCAGCAGCCAAAAUGUUUCCUUAUAUAGUUUUGUCGUUAUUAAGUAUUUAUAAGUCACUGAUUAUUUUAAAAUAGCCAUAAAAUCUAGUGUUAUUAAUAUUUUACAGUAUAAAAAGUAUUUUUUGUAUGAGCUUCUAGAAUGAAGCGUCUUUUUUUUACUUAACCACGUAAAAAGCAACGGAAUACAAUGUUGUAUUAGAAAUAUGAAAAUUUGCAAAUAUCAAAACAUUAAUGCUAUAUAUAUAUA